CUUCCGUACCACCACGUCGUUUCUCGUGCACCGUCGCUAUUGCUGCCAAUGUACAAUCUCUACAGGAAGGCGUCACUUCGCCUCGCCAGAACUGGCUCUUCGUCUUCCUUGCUUCACAGCUGACCUAGGCUCUGGACUUUCUUCAAGGCAAUACUACUUCUCAAGGCGUUCUGCAUCCUUCCCAGUGCUAGAGCUUUCUCACUCGGUAGACGAAGCUGGAUCCAGGUCUGAUAAUAUGGCAUAUAUGCGUCUUUGGUAGCAUAGAGGAGGUAAGAAUUGAACUGGAGGAUGUCUUGGCAUCCGCGCGUGCGACGAUUCAGAUCGAGGAACCAUCCGUAUGUUGAGGAUUUCAACCGAAGCUAUCGGUGUGGAAUUGGAUCCCAAAGGCUGCAUUGUUAUCAAUGACCAGUUCAACACCUCGAUACCUAACACCAAAUGCGCUGUGAUGUUACCUUUGGCCCUAUGCUCGCUUGCCCACGAUGCCGAGGAGGAGGGUAUCGGCUAUGUCAAGUUUAUGAAAACAAGACACAGACACCGACGCCAUCCUUUCGGUUCACUCACCUCGAGUUUACAUGGAGAGCAAGAACUCUAAGCUGCUGGUAUGCAAUGUAGUAA